AUGGCCAAUACAACAAUAUUGCAGCAGCAGUCAAUGCAUAUGCCUCAGCAACAACAGGCACCUAAUCAAUCACAACAACCUCUACAGGCUCAACAGCAGCCACCUUCACAUGCCCAACAAGCCUCACAUACUCCUCAGUCACAAAACCAACAAUAUCUUUCUGUACAUUCCCAAGCCGACCAGAUUCAGAGAAACGGCAUGCACAAACAACAAGAGCAGUGUCUCUUAAAUUCUUAUGUAUACGAUUUCCUAAAGCGUAGUGGUGCAACAGAAACAGCCCGAGCUUAUUUACGGGAAGGAAGAGGAGAUAUCAAGUUAAAAAAUGAUGGGACAGAUUCAAUAAACGGUAGUAGUAGCUCAAGUUCAGAUAACAAUAUGAACGCAUUAUUAUUACCGGACGCAGAUGUUCCAGUACAGGCUCCUGAGGGAUUUUUAUAUGAAUGGUGGAAUGUAUUUUGGGAUAUAUACAGUGCUAAAACACAACGGGCGGGAACUUCGGAAGCACAACAAGCACAGCGAUUCGCUGAGAUGAGAAGAGGCCGUUUCCGAAUGGAUAAUAUUAAUCAAUUACCGGGAUUAAAUUAUCAGCAACAAGUUGUAGCUCAAGCUCAAGCUAAUCAACAGCAGGUUCCUCAUGCACUUCUACAGCCGAAUCAAUUUAAUAAUCGCCAACAAAUGGGUAAUGGUGUAAUCGAUUCUAAUAACACGAAUGGUGAUAUGUCAAUGAGUCCUCAAAGGUUAAAAAUGCAGGCAGCACGCAGAUUACCAGCAUCUGGCAUGACUAUCAAUCAAUUACCUAUGUCUAAUCGAUUUCUAAAUCUCCAACAGUCACAACAUCAAACGUCGGUAAACCAAAAUAAUGUUGCUUUGGUUCCUCAACAAGGCUCUCAAGCAAUUCAGAAUCAAGGACAGCAGAAACAACAGAGCAGUGAGGUCAAUCAAGGACAAGUUCAACAAUCCAUAGCGCGAGAUUCUCAGUCAAACGUCUCCUCUUCUCAAGCGCACAUGACCCCGAAUCAAUUGCCAGCACAACUAAAUCCUGCAACGAAGCGUCCUGUCGUCGAUGUCCAAGCUAUGAAUCAGAAUAUUGGUCAGCAAUCCCAAUCACCAAAUAAACGUCCAAGAACGGUUCAAGAGGCAUCUUCACCAUACGCUGCUCAUGCACAAAUGUCCGCCGGGCAAAGACAAUUGAUUAAUAACAACAUGAACAACAUGUUAAUAACUCAGCAAUAUUCGGCAUCCCCUGAUAAGAAUUGCCAAACCCAACAGCAUAUAAAUGGAAAAGCAAAGGGUAAUCAACCAAUGCAAUAUAGAGCUCAACAGAUGCCAAAUAUUAAUAAAUCAAUUUCACCACAUGUAAAUCAAAUGACGACUCCUAUGAUUCAAAAUGCUGUUACCGAGAUGCAAGAAUCUCAACUUGUUAACCAGAUCCAUCAUCAAAUUAAUGCUGCCAAUACUGGUGUUCAGGACGUAAAAAACCAGCUUAGCGUGCUCAAUAUUCCCAACAUUUCGACUAUGCCAAUACUUCAGCACGUUAUGCCACACAAUAAUGCUAAUAUGAUUCCAGUAUUGGGAUACCAACAGGGAAUUAUGCAAAACCAACAACGAACACAGAAUAAAAUCAAUAAUAUCGCCCUUAAUGAAAAGAAUACGAUGGAGAACUUCAAGGUGAAUAUUAAUCAAGCUCAGCUUGCACGUGGCCAAAAUGAUAAUUUAAAAGGGGCAAAGACCACACCAACACAGAGUCAGCUACAAGUUCCGAACGGUAAUGCAACAAAUGCAAUUGCCGCUCAAAAUGGGCUUCAAUCACAACAAUCUGCUCAAUCAAUGACAACGGGCCUGAUGAAUGAUAUUUCAACAGGAUUAGAUAUGAAAAUUGAAGAGCUGAGUGAUUUUCUGAGCUUCGAGUCAAAUGAUACGAACGAAAUUACCGACGUAAAUGGCGAAUUGAAUGAAUUCUUCAAUUUCGAUGCGGUUGAAUUUCCUACCAGCAAUGCUGGGCCGAGUACUUCAACAACUAACGACAACUAA